UUUCUAUGCCAAAUCAAAUAGCCAGAAUCCUUCGUGUCAGCUACCUAAGAAACCUGUAGAUUUAAUGGCAUAUUUUGUAUUUAAUUUGGAUAUCCUCUUCUUGUGCGAGUUGAGUCCCAGAACAACUGACAGAUGUCUGUCUGAGCGUACCGUAUUUGUCAGCCCGUGAGUUCAGGGCGUUACAUCUUGAUCCCUGUGCCCUUUAACUUUGCCCAACUCAACGACUUCAACUCAUCUACAGCGUUAUAUCACUUUCUUAUUCACAUCAAUCUCUCCUUGCAUUGAUUCAUUGUUCAUUUCAUUUUGUCAUCACAAUGGGGCGGCAGGAACCUCUCCUCCUAUCAUACAAUACCACUCGGCCAUCGAGAACCAGGGGCGCAAACAGAUCAGUCAAGGGAGGCUUAUUAUCCCAACUUCAUACAGGCUCACAUCAUGAAGCUCCCUCUACGCCCAAGUUAACACCUCGAAAGACUAUCAUAGCUAUUUUCUUAGCACUCUUAGGGCUCAGCCUGUUGCAUAGGCCAGUCAGUAAUCGUUACAAUGGUGUUCCUCGCUAUGGAAACGGAUUGCGAACGCCCGAGGAGCGAGCACGACAUAUCCUCAGCCAUACGCCAUUGAUAGACGGGCAUGUUGACUUUCCAAUCGUGCUACGUUUCGCAUAUGGCAACCAGAUUUAUGAUGACAACUUCACCCAGCCAUUCGAGCAGGGUGGGCUUCCUGGACACGUUGACUUGCAUCGUCUUCGCCAGGGUCAGAGUGGUGGUGCAUUCUGGAGUCUGUUUGCUCCAUGUCCAUCAAAUGGUUCCGACUUCUCAGACGAGAACUAUGCUUCGAGCGUACAGUUCACAUUGGACCAGAUUGACGUUAUGAGCAGGCUGCAGGCGGUCUAUCCUAGCCACUUCUCUGAAAAGGUCGACAGCUCUAACGCCUUUGAGGCCUUCAAGCAGGGCAAGCUCAUCUCACCCUUUGGUAUCGAGGGUCUACAUCAGAUUGGCAACAAGUUGUCUAACCUCCGUCGUUUUCAUGAGCUUGGUGUGCGCUACGCUACCUUGACUCAUAACUGUCACAACAAGUUUGCCGAUGCUGCGAUUUUGUCAGACCCUGACCGGAAGGCUGAGCCAUUGUGGGGAGGCGUGAGCCCCCUGGGUCGCAAGCUUAUCGGCGAGAUGAACCGCAUUGGCAUGAUUGUUGAUCUUUCUCAUGUCAGCGAGGAUACUAUGUUGGAUGUACUAGGCGGCAAGGAUGAAUGGGCUGGCUCUGAAGCCCCCAUCAUCUUCUCUCACAGCUCCGCCUGGAGCGUCUGCCCUCAUCCUCGAAACGUCAAGGACAAUGUUCUGCAACUCGUCAAGAAGCGAAACUCCCUAGUCAUGGUCAACAUCGCCCCUGACUUCAUCUCUUGUGUUGACACCGGAAAUGAAAAUGGUCUUCCUGAGUUUUAUCCCCAGAACUCGACUCUUGCACACGCAGCUCAACACAUUAUCUACAUCGGUAACCUGAUCGGUUACGAUCAUGUUGGUAUCGGCACCGACUUUGACGGCAUUCCAUCUGUUCCUGCAGGUCUUGAAGAUGUCACCAAAUAUCCUGACCUGAUAGCCGAACUCCUUCGACAGGGUGUCAGCAAUGUUGAUGCAGCCAAGGUUGUUGGAGGUAAUCUGCUACGUGUGUGGAAAGAUGUCGACACUGUUGCUGCUAAGCUGCAGGCCAAUGGGCAGCUGCCCCUAGAGGAUGAUUUGCCAAAGAUGAAGUUUGACGAAGCUCAAGAGGCUUCAUUGGGACAUGCGUAAAGUUGUUAGUACCGCGCUUGAACGCGGCCAUAUAGAUUUCAUUUCCAUUUGAUCGUACAUUAUAUAUACAAGUCUGGUAUGACAAGGAGAUAGCCUUGCUGGUUGUCUCUCCUCGGUGUAUUCUCUCUAGCAUUUAGACAUGCCAUAACAUCCUCUCGGGGGAUAUUUGCCGACCUUCAUACCCAAUUCCAGGUAACCCACUCUUCCAAUGAUGCGCUUAACCUCGUCGUUCCACCCUGUUGAGUCUGUUGGCCGUCGCCGUCUGUGUC